AACAAGUUUCACGGAUUUUCUUUUCAGAGUAGACAGCGUUGAUAACCAAUAUGAUUCACAAUCCGCAGUGAAUUUGGCAAUGGAAAUCAGUUCAGCUCAUCAUUCCAUCAUCUAAUAUUAUUGAAUUUAUUUUGAAAUCGUAAUACUGAAAGCAAAACAAUUCAUACAGGAAUUACUUGAUUAUUUUCUCUACACGAUUAUGAAUUAGAAAUGAAAUUAUCGUAGCAUUAAUCUAAACUGACUCCUUGAGAAUGAAGAAGCAAUUGUUUAGGGUCAAACAGUUUGCAGAUCAGACAUUUUCCAGAGCUGGAAAAACAGAAGCCUUAUCGGAUGACCUGCAAGCGGCCGAGAAACGAGUCGAGUUCAUUAAGACAGCAUGCCAGAACACUGGAAAGAAGCUGACAGCCAGUUUGCUUGGCCUAGGUCAAGACGCUCCUGCUCGAGAAAAAAGACUGAAAAAAAGCCCAGACUACAACCUGGGCAUAUCUAUGUUGGAAUGCAGCUCAUUUGAUGAGGAUUUUCUUCUUAGACACAUAGUGGUGGAAUGCGGCAAACUGGAGAUGUGCCUGGCCAACACGUACGUGGACCACGAGGCGCGGGUGGAGGGGGGAGUGUUGGCCAUGCUGCAGCAGGUGAGCGACUCGGAUGUGCCAAACAUUCUCAAGCAGCGGCGCAACCUCAACAAGGCCAUGCUCGAUAUGGAGUCGGCGCGCACCAAAUACCAUGCAGCACUGAAACACAGCAGUGCCAGUGCAAGUGCCACCGUCGGCUCCAAGCUCGACUCGUUGAAGGAUGAGCUCGAGGAGGCCGAAACUAAAGUAGAACAAUGUCGAGAUGCCUUAGCCUGUGAAAUGUUCCAAUUAAUUUCUAAGGAAUCGGAUAUAGCUAGAACAGUAUUAGAAUACGCUAAACUCCAAAGGACCUAUCACCAAAACGCAUUGACCAUAUUAGAUGAAAUGAUACCCGAAUUAGAAACAAGUAUCUGUGAUAGCAGUAUGAAGCCAGUGUUCGGUUUCCCUCUGGAGGACCAUUUGAGGGUGACAGGACGCAAAAUCGCCUAUCCCAUAGAGUUGUGUGUCUGUGGACUGUUAACCCUUGGCAUGGAUGAGGAAGGACUGUUUAGGGUAGCCGGUGGUGCCUCUAAAAUGCGAAGAAUGAAACUGAGCUUCGAUGCCGGCUGCAUGGAGAUGGAAACGCUUAUGGAUUACAGGGAUCCGCACAUCAUAGCCGGUGUGCUCAAGUCUUACCUCAGGGAAUUACCAGAACCUCUUCUAACCGAUCACCUCUACGAUGAGUGGAUGGCUGCCGCCAGAGUACCAGCCGAAUCGAGAGCACAAGCGCUGUGGGCAGUGGUGCAAAAACUGCCCAAGGCAAACCUGGACAACCUGCGCUACCUGGUCAAGUUCCUAUCACUGCUGGCCAACAACCACGAGGCCAACAAGAUGACGCCGCAGAACAUCGCCAUUGUCAUCGCGCCCAACCUCAUCUGGAGCUCCAGUGACGAUGGCAACAGCAUAGGCAUGAACAUGAACAAAGCGAACGUGCACAGCAUAAUAAUAGACUGCCUGGUGAGUCACGCCGACUACUUCUUCCCGGAGGAGUGCGAGAUGUACGUGACGGUGAGUCGGGAGCGAGCGGCCGCUACGCUCGUCAACGGCAGUCAUCAUGGCGGACAUCAUGUGCGCUCGAGCAGCGCUGACACUCAACUCAUCAAUGUCGGUGGUGGUGACGUCAUCAGCACUGUGCCUGGGGGAGGGGGUGGGGGUCCAGGGGGUGACAUCAAGCGCACUCAGUCCAAUAGCAGUUUGUCCGAUCACAAUAAUAGGCAAGUUACACUGCGUCGCAAACAAGUGUCGGCUCCUCGUAGGACGAUCGGCACACAGUGCGAUUUAGGCGGCUUUGUCAAGCGACUCGGCCAAAAGACUAUGAAAACUGAUAGCAAAAACCAUGCGACUAAUCGUCCCCCUCAAGGCAGUCCGAAACCAGCGAUACGCAUGCGCAAAAACAAACCAGCUCCCGUGCCGCCCCACACACACCACGACAAAUCGCACGACAAGUCGCAUCCACACGCGGCCACAAGUAGCCACAAGUCCAAGCACAGCGAUCAUCACGACAGCAUGUUGCAGAGUCAUGUUGAUCUGCUGAGGACGUCGGAUACGGAGGAUGUGGUGGUGGGGGUGGGGGGCAGCAAGGAGGACAAAGACCUUCUUCUCGGCUUUGAGAAGAUUGCUCUUGAAAGCGACGCUGUUGAGAAAAAGCCGGAGCUGAGUGAAAAGGAGGCUACCGUUGCGUUAUUGGCCAACGAGUCUAUGCAACAGAGUAGCCCGAUUGAUUUGGCCAAACCAAGCGGCACGACUACCACCACUAAGCCGAGCAGUGGCGGUGGCGAAAUGUUCAAGGGGUCAGUAGACCCCGCCUACGGCACGCUGGAUCGCAAACGACCACCCCGGCCAACGCCGCUGCCUCGCACCUCCAUCAUGUCGACAUCCGCCGGCGACGACCUCCUGCUGGCGAGGAAGCCCGCCAUUCCCGAGCGACCCGCCACCCUGCAGCGGCCGCUCAGCUCGUCGUUCCGCGUCACCAGGAGUUCCGCCGCUGAGAUGGCCGACGGCGCUGAUACCGACCGUGGACCCGUUUCGCUGGAAAGAGCCCAUGUGUAUUCUGUAGAUAAGCAGCAGGUGUCCAUAAUUCAGGUCGGAAAUGGCCCCAAACAAGACAGUAAUAAGUCAGACUGUAAAGAUCCAGUUGAGAAACCAGAAAGACCACCAAAACCGGAGCUUCUUCCGGAAAAGUCUCAGGUUCUAACGCACCGUAGGACGCCUUCCGAAGGCCAUAUUAUUGAUAAAGGUCACAGUGCACCACCCGACUCACCGCGCUGUGUGACAAGGAUGCCUCCUCGACCCACCAUUCCCCCUCCACCGCACCCCCCACCACCCACCUCGCCAACAUCCAAGACAGCCAGCGAGAGCACCAACCUAUGACACAAGUCGACCAAUAAGUAGUCACAUUCACUCCACACUGUUGGCUGGCAUUCGUUCAAUGCUGAGAACCUGUAUCAAAUUGAUGAUGUUAUUCGUAAGAAAUGCGUGAAAAGCUUAAAGGGAGUCUCACUGUGAGUGAAAUAGUCUUUGGUGAGUUUCAUUCUAGACUGUUGGCACUACUUGAAUCAGAAGCUGUAACAAGUUGAUGUCAUCCAUAAGAAAUGCUUGAAAAGUUUGAACUGAGUCUCACUGUGCUUAAGUGGAAUAGUCUUCGGUGAGAUUCACUCUAGACUGUUAGCAUAUUAAUUGAAUGAGAAACUGUAUCAAAAUUAUGUUAUUCGUAGAAAAUGCUGAAGUUUUAAAGUGAAUCUUACUAUUGUCUUUGGUGAAAUUCACUACAAAACGGUUAGUAUUAAUUGAAUGAGAAGCUGUAUCAAAUAAUUGAUGUUAUUCUCAAGAAAUGCUAAAGGUUUAAGGUUAAUCUCACUAUAAGUGCAAUAGUCUUUGUUGAAAUUCAUUCUAAACAAGUUUGAUGCGUUGCUGCAAUUCAUCCUGAUCAUCAAUGUCCUUCUCUAGCUGAUUGAGACGAUUGUUCAUUUCGGACAAACUGUCUUUGUAAGAAGCCAUCUCGAUUUGAAGGGAGCACAUACGCUGCAGGUCUUCCGUCUUGCUCUUUAGUGCUUCCCACCGUUCUAUCAACAAUCUUAUUUCUCUGCAUUCCUGUGGGGACACGAUGUUAUCACUCUCCUCAAUGAAUUUCACCAAUUUUCGAAGACAGUCAACGUUUCUCACACUGAUUGCAAGUACUUCAUCAAACUUAGAUUUGAUGACGAAUUGCGGGGAAGGAUUGGAUGUCUCUCGGUUGAUGAACUGCUCACACUCAAGGAACUGAGUGCUCGAUUGAUGAAUCAUUCUAUUAAUGUCAUCCAUUUCAUCCGAGUCUGAGUCUAUCAUGGAACCAUCCUCAGCAGGCAGCCUGCCACGCCGAUGGAGGGGGCGACCGAAGCUGGAUGCACAGUCGGAUUGGCUGUCGAUGAAAUUGCGGUAGUCGUCUCCGAAGUCCAGAAGUCUUCUGGCCGUCUCUGGGUCAGCUGUCUCUUCGCUGUAAGCUUCGCUCAUGUACUUCUCCUGGUAACUAUCCCAAGCCUGUUCAGAGAACGAGCUAUCGGCCGACACCACCUUAUCCCCGGGAGUGGAGCUGCUGAAAUUGGUCACCACUCCAAGUGUGACUCCUCACUGCACGGGCACCUCCCUUUCCUCCCACUGGUCCUGCUCCCAAUCCUCCUCCUACCCCGCCUCCUGCCAAGGCCUUCUCACAGCACUCAUCCUCAGUCUCUGUGCCACUGUUGGUCACCACCCUCCUCAGAACUGAGGUGCUCUUCAGCGCUGAGCCUGGUUCCAACUGACAAACUCCGUCCGAUCCUGAGUCACUCUUUCGACCAGCAUUCGAACUGGCAGCAUUAAACUGUUAGUAUUAAUUAAAUGAGAAGCUGUUAACAAAUUGAUGUUAUUUAAAAGAAGUGCUAGAGGUUUAGAGUAAAUCUCACUAAAGAACAGAGAUAUAAUCGUACUUACCGCUAUAGUGUAUAGUAAUGUGAUCAAGGUUUACAAAAUAAAACGUAUGUGAAAUUAGCAGAAAUAAUAAUGUUAAACAAGGCUUGAUCUACGCUCAACUAUCAUAAAUCUUCUUUGAGCUAUUAAACUUCAAGGCAAAAAUCUUCAUAUAAAGUCAUUCUAAUCUAAAAUCAUUCUAAAUCUAAACUUUAAAGUCAUCAUAUAAAGGUAUAUUAUAUAAAGUUACAUUGUUAAACUGCUAUAAUGUGAACAAAUCUCUCCAAAGAAAACGGAUGGAAAAUUAGCAUAAAUAUUAAUCAAGGCUUGAUCUCCGGUCAACUACUGUAAGCUAUUUACAAAAAGUAGAAACUGUGCUUAAAGGUCAAUCAUUACGUGAUUCCUGGUUAACUAUGAUAAAAUUUUACCGUUAGUGCAAUAAAAUGGAAAUAGUUUCUCGAAAAUUAUAGUCAUAAUGACUAAAAGUAAAAAUGUGCCUAAGUUACAACUUGAAAUUGGAUUCUGAGAUUUAGAAUUGAUUGAUGAUCAAGCUUGAUAUAUGUUUGUUUAGGCUGAUUGGUCACGUUAAUUGCAUCAAUAAUUAGGCUAAUUGGGCAUAUAAAUUGCAUCAACAAAGGAGGUUCAGCACCUCACUGCUAGUAAUAUUACCAAUGUAGAAAUGCACUUGUUUCUGAUGUCUAGAUGUGACGUAGGUAAGCUAUUUCAAACUAAAACUACGAGUAUGAAGACUAAAAACUAGCUAAUAUUGAACACUAUAAUUCCUCACUAAUAAUUUUUGUGGUGCAUUAUGAACUCAAUUGAGUUUAUUGACGUCAUAAACUCUGUAUGUUACUUACAUGUUAGGGCUCUGAAAACCCCGUUUUAAAGUGCCUUAGUACACACUAAAACAUGCUCAAAUCAUUUGUGGCUUAUAAAUGACGUCAUUCAAUUCAGCUCAGCUACGUCACUUCUUUACGAAUGCAGCCUUGGAGAUUCAAUUACUGUCGCACAAAAUAAAUCGGGUCUAAACUUGUAGAGUAUUCUUUUUGGAAAUGAACAAUAAGUAUUCCAGGUUAGCUACUUGACGUUCAAUUAUUCCCAAAUCCCAAUUUGUUUUCUAAUUGCACUCAUCAGUUUCAAACCGAUACAGUAUUCAGGUUUCUUCUCCAUUGUUUUUAUGUAUGAUGAAAACAUUACUCAUCAAGUAAUCUUAUAGUUUAAUAAAUGAAAAUUUCUCAGCACGCGUGAAUGGAUUGUGCAAUAUUUAAGUGAUAGGAGGAUACAAAGUUUUAAUUUUUUAUUUGGUUUACCGCAGUGUAAUUAUUAAAAGUGUAAUUUUUAAUUACAAUACAACUUUUCCGCUAGCUCAACACUCGACAAAUUUUACUAUACAUCAUUCAUUCUCAAUGAAUUGCCAUAGGAUCAAAAUACAAUUACCGUAAAAAGUAUGUUCUAUAAUCAUUCUUGAAAUAUACCAAUAGUUUCCUAAACUGGCUUGGGUGGAGAAUGUAAUCCGAUCAUUAUUGGUUACUAUCAUCAAAGAAUAUUUAGUCUUUUAAAAUUAAAUAUAUUUUUGUAUUAAGUUGAAGCUUGAUAUAUUCGUUCAGCUGCCCUAGUAGCCUACCAGUAAAAUUAAUUUAUUUUAAUAUCCUAGAUUCUAUUUUUUAAAUCCCUAGACUGUUUAUUUGCAUUUAUAUAGACAUUUUUAUCCAAAUGGAGUAUCAUAUUUUAUUUUUAUCCUACAUAUUUAUUAUCGCAAUAAUUUGUGUACGGUAGUUCUUAUAUUUUAGUUUUAUUCUGCUUUGUUAAGUUAAUUUGUAUGCUAUAACUUGAUAUCAUCGGAUAAUGAACUGUUUUAGAAUACAAAUAGUAUCAAAAUUGACGAUUUCCUCUGAAUAUGUUGAAGGCAUAAUUUUCAUUUCAACCUUUUAUUGUGAUGACUACGAUUACCACAAUAAGUGAAGGCAUAUUUUAGUAUUUUUGUAUUUCUGUGCUAAGAGAGGAGACUUGAAAAUUGAAAAAAAUAGGAUUAAUUCUUCUCUCAUGAAAUUUUAAAAAUCAAGUACCGUAGCUAUCUAGUUUAAUGCUUCAUAAACUUCGUUAAUUUUGUAAAGUUGACUUCUCAUUUGAUACAGCUAUUGGUGGAGUCACCAGACCUAAUUAAUUUUCAACUAAAAAUAAUCUUAUAGUUUCUUGAAAUAUUGAGCAAUACUAAAAAUACUUUGACAUUUUAUUACGAUAAUCUAAAUAUAGAUUAAAAUAUCAUUAUUAAGGUAAUGCAGAUUUGUUGGAAACUAUUAGAUUACAGUUCUAAAAAUAAUAAUAUUUAUACUGAUUUGUUAAAUUAUAAGCAUAUCACUCUCAAUAAUUGUAAUGAAUCGAUUCUUCCUAAGCUUAUGAGGCUAAUAUUCGAAUGAAUAAUUAUAUAAAUAAUGAUAACGAUAAUUUAAUAUUUAGGGUAUUGUAGUUAAAUUUCAACAACACAUUUGAAAUCUUAAUUUUUAGCAACACGCUACAACUUUCCUUAAGUAACUGAUUGUUUUUAUAUUAUACUAUUAUUAUGUUUCAUAUGUUUAUAUUGUGUACAAUGUUAUUGUUGAUUGUGAUUUAUAAAAUACAUAUUACAACUUGAAAUUUACAAAUUACCUAUGUAUAGUCUCACCACUUUACCAUUGUAUAAAACACGUGUAAAUUGUAAUAUUUCUGUACAGAUAUGCCAUUGUAUUACAUUUUGCAGCAUUUAUAAUGAUAAUAUUGGACGAUCAGAUCCCCUGUCAAUAAGACAAUAAUAAUAUUCCCCAAUUGAAAUUGAAAUUAUGUUUAAAUUAUUGUUUUGUUAUUCGUUGUAAUAGUUAUUUUUCCGUUAAAAAUUUCUAUAUUAUUAUUAUCAAAGGCUUAUGAUAGGGUUUAAAUUAUUUCUUGUUUAUAAUAGGGAUUCUUAGUCAUUGUUUUUGUAUGCUUUGCUAUUUUAGUUUUAUAGUAUUAUCUACCCAAUGAUCUUUUAUCAUUUAUUCAUUAGAAUAAUAUCAAUUAUCAGCCUUAUUACAUCUAUAGUAAACUUUUUAUAUAUCUGUGAUCUCUUUAGUUUUUUACCAACAGUUUUAUUUUCCUUACUGAGACAAUGUGUCUUGCACAGGACUGUGCAUCUAUUUUAUAGAUGUCAUUACUGCAAUAUUACUCGUUUAUCACGUUAUCAAUCUUAAGAAGAAAAAAUAUAAUUUGUGUCUGAAAAGUGGAAUGUUCAGUUAAUAUAGAUUAAUACUGUAUAUUUACUCUUGCUUCAUUAAAGGAUUAUUUUAAUCAGUCUA